GUUCCCCAAUUGAGCAUUCGCAUUCACCAUCACAUCGCCGUCGUCAACCCCAUGGCAACAUAAAAAAGCAUUUUUUUUUUUUGAUCACAUCCACUAUCUGCACGUUUUUUACUAGGUAUGUACCUACCUACUAGGUACUUACUUACCUGCCUAGUACCUUCAGGGCUAUCCACCUAGCACUUUCUGCCUAGAUACUACAGUAGUUGGGUAGGCACAUAUGGAGGUAAUCACAUCACAACUACACUACAUGUGCUAAGAACAUCUCACGCAAUAGCGCUUUCCAUCAACUUCUCAAUUAUUAAAUUUCUUGCCCUCCCCCUCACUAUCGCACUUUUACUUAUCCUACCUCAGAGUCACCUGGCCAGAAGUAGGUGUCGUAGGUGUACAAUAUCGCAUAACAACAAUCCUGAUUUCAUCAUCACGAUUCUUCCUUUUUGCAACUAGGUAUCAUCAGUCUUCGCACACUGUCCACGUUCCGCAUAUAAUAUCUUCAUAAUCUUAUCGCCUUAUCUUUUCCACUCAUCGCUACCGCCACGAUGGGCUCUUCGGACAAGAAGGUGGAGAUCACCGACAAGGAGUCCAGAGUGCUGGCUCUGGCCUGGAGCUGUUUCAAGACUCAUCCAGAUCUUGAUAUUGAAAAGCUAGCCAAGCUUGCUGGCUAUACCAAUCCCAAGAGCGUCAGCAAUAUUAUCAGUGCCGUCAAGAAGAAGGCCGCUUUGAUGGAGUCUGAGGGGAACAGCGGUGGCGAAGGCCCUUCCACUCCUGUCAAGCGUACCCCGAAGGGCAAGGCCAAGGUCACCCGUACCCCUGCCUCACAUAAGCGCAAGACUAAGGGCGAUGAUGAGGAUGAUAGCAGCGACCCCGCUACGCCUACUAGCAAACGUGCUCGUGGCAAGAAGACCGCGCUUUCUAAGGCGUUUGUCGAGCGUGAUGAGGGCUCGGAGGGUGGUAAGAAAGUUGUGAAGAUGGAUUCUCAGGAUGACGAGCCGGGAGUCCCCGAGGAUGUCGUCGAAUAGAGGUCAUCCAUACUUUUCGAUGAAACCAAAAAAGAAGGGCGGAAAGGUUGUAAAGAAAGAUACCUAGGCUAGUAGAUGUCAUUUGCAUGGGACUUCUACCUCGUCAUGCUUUAACGUACGCCAAUUUAGUCCCCUUGAUGAUUUGACAAUACAGUCCUCUCGACGCUAAAAGGGGUUCUCAAUAAAUCAUAUUAGGUUAUCUUUUCCCAAUCGCCUGCUCAUAAUUUCGCUUGGGUGGCGUAUAUCUUGCGAUACUGACCUUUUAAUACCGACAAGGUCAAAUUCCCUUCCAUUUGCUAACUACCAACCUGGGAGAUAUCCAUCCAUAUAGAUCUAGAUUAUAAGUAUCGCCACAUCAGGGUUCAGCAACAUGAGAUUUGGAA